GAAUUAGACUAAGUGAUGGCGUUUACGGUUGUCCGAGUUUCGCUGGCGAGGCUAACGGUCGCUGUCCAAGAUGUCGUGGCUUGGAAUGAAGCAGAAUUAACAGACCGAAGGCUCACGAACAGUAGGUCAUCCAGUAGCCAUCCAUUGGUAACAUCCUUCAGCCACGAAGCUUCGAACAAGGCGGACUACGGACUGGAGGACCUGCAGAAUCUGAACGUCAAGGACCGCUUCUCGGUGUUCGAGCGCACCAAUGAGGACGACCAGGAGAAGGGCCUGGCCUCAGUUGAGGUCAAGCGCUCGCAGAGCAUCCUCAACAAAAUGAAGAGGUUCCAGGAGCGUGACUCGGCGCGGGACGCGGACUCGGCCUCCGGCGACGAGUCGGCGGACUCUGGCGACGAGCAGCGGCGCGACCCGGACCUGGUGCGCUCCACCAGCAAGACGCGGCGCGAGCGGCCCAUCAGCUUCUCCGGCCUGGGAGACGUGAAGAGCCGGUUCGAGGGCGGCCGCCGCGAGCCCACGCCCGACGACAAGGGCGAGCAGACCAAGCUGCGCGGCAUGAUCUGCGGCGCGCGCGAACACAAGCUGGCUUACGAGGAGGCCCUGAGGGAGCAGGAGGCCCAGGCCGAGAGCCGACGCUCUCUGGAGGACCCGAGCCUCGUCGUCCAGGUAGGUAACCUGCGGGCCUCAUACGAGCGGGCGGUGCAGGAGUCCGGCUCGCCGCGGCCGGCGGCGGCGCGCGACCACGAGGCCGUGACGCGCCGCAGGGCGGCCGACAUGGCGUCCCGCUUCGAGCGCGGCGACGUGGCGUCCGCGGAGACCGACGCCGACGCCGACGCGCCGGCCGUCAACGAGAACGGCGGCAGUCACAACGGCCACUCGCUGUCCCACGACCAGAGCUCGGCGGCAGGAGAGUCGGCCCUCGCCAGCCUGUCGUCGGACGCCGGCGGCAGCGAGCUCGCCAGGGGGGACUCGCCGGACGGUCAGGCCGUCAUGGAGGCCCCGGUCGCCGACCCGGAGCUGCUGCACAGCGACACCACCAAACGCAUGCUGAGCAAGUUCAAGCAGAUGGAGCAGAGCACCGGCAACACAGACGAAGAGCUGAGCCUGAAUCGCGAGAAGGCGCACGGUAACGCUCGUCAGAUCCUGUCCAAGUUCCGACAGAUGGAGGAAGAUGCGCACAAGGAAGACCUGCCGGACGGCCCGCGCCCGCUCAAGUCGUUCACGCCACCGCCGGAGGAGCCGGCCGAGCCAGAGGACGCGGCUGAGGACAGCGAGGAGGAGCCGGAGGACCCCGACAUCAUCCGUGCCAGUCACAAGGUGCCCGACGAGUUUCUCAACAAGCGCACGGACCAGGCUCGCUCGCUGCGGGACAAGUUCGAGAGCUGGGGCCCGCCGGCCGGCCGCGACGACAAGUUCACCGUGGAGGACGAUUGUCGGCCCAGUCUCGAGAUCACGCGCAGUCUGCGCGCCAAGUUUGAGUCGCUGAACGAGCCGCAGAAGCCGGCUGAGAAGACGCAGCACCGGGCCAGCCGCUUCAUCAUGGAGCCGAAUCAGGCGGCUGAGAUGUGCGACGCCUGCAACAAACGCGUCUACGCCAUGGAGCGGCUCGAGGUCGACAAACGAAUCCUGCACAAGAACUGCUUCCGCUGCUCAAAGUGCAACUGCGUGCUGAGAAUGGACACCUACACAUUUAAUGCAGGGAAACUAUUUUGCACGCCGCACUUCAAGCAGAUGUUCAAGACCAAGGGCAACUACGACGAGGGUUUCGGCCUCGAGUCGCGGACGAAGCACUGGAGCAGCAGCCACACGGACCACUCGGCCAGCAACGGCACCAAUGGCGCCGCACCGCGGCCGGGCAACACACCAGCCGAGACGAACGGCGGCAGCCCCGAGCCGCGUGACGCGGACGAUAACCUGGAGCCGCUGGAGCAGGAGGAGGAGGAGGAGCGGGAGCGGGAGCGGCAGGAGGAGGAGGACGAGGUCAUCCUCGCCCGCGACGAGGCCGAGCCAACCGCGGACGUGUUUCAAAAGGUGUACGAGUCGACGGUGGCGGAGAACAUGUGAUGCGAGCGACGACGAGCGAUCAUUUAUCCGUGCCCGGGUGGAUGGCCCGCGCCGACGGCCCCUUUCCGCCUGCGCCGACGCCGCGUGAGAGACUCUGUAGACAACGCUUGCGUUAUUUUUUUUCUGAGCUGGUAGGCGACGCUCAUCUGGUGCGCGCUUGGACGCCUAGUUUUACUGCGGAGCCGCCGCCGCGUGAGUGCCGAGUCCAAGCCGGACGAUCGGGAGAGACGGCGGUGCGGCACUGUGAUGAUCGUCGCCCGCGGGCCGGCGGGCCGCCCGCCUGCUAUGAACCGCCGCCGGCGCCCCUGCUAUAGUCGCAGUGCCCGCUUCGCCGUUUUAGUUUCGUAGAGAAAUUUUAUCCGUCUCGCACUUUGUAUUUUGUUAUUUUAAAGUGCUUUGUAUACAAUGAUUGAGAGCCAUUUAAAUAUAAGUUAAAGUCUUAG